AUGGAGUUCGAUGAGACCGGGAGGGAUUCGUCUCGCCGUCGGCCUCAGGUGCCGACCCUUGGCCCGCUGAGCUACAGCGUCCCCGUGACCCCUCGAGGAAGGCACGGCCACCGGACCUCUGCCCUAGACGGUAUGAUGCCGGUGAACGAUACUUUCUCCAAUACCGCGGCCAUUUCAGCCAAAACUCCGGCGAGCCGAGGGGUGUUCUUGGGCGACGGCGUUAGGAGCGGCGGCGGCUCCGGCCGAAUCAUGCGGGCCGGGCUGCUACCGUGGCCGCGGAAGGUGGCGGCGGCGGUAGCGGCAGCUGUCGAGGAGGACCAUGAUCGGGAGCGGUCGGCAGCGGCGACGGAGGCGGAGGCGGCGCACAUGGAGUGGGCGGGAGGAGGAUCGCAACGUGACGCAGGGAAGACGGGCGGAAGAGACGACACCCGCCAAGAGGAGGAGAUCGAGGAGGAGGAAGAGGAGGAAGAGGAGUGCUACGAGAGAGAGACCGAAAAGGCCGGAGCACAGGGCACACAAGCGAGCGCGGCAAAGGCAGUGGCGGCCUUGCUGCUGCCGCCGCAACUGCGCCAGCCGUUGCACUCGCCGCUCUCUUCGCCGCCGCAGCCGCCGCCUCCCAGCGCAGCGCUUGCCUUUACCCCAGUUGCUUCAACCAACUCCGAACGACCCGCGAUGUUUGAAGGGCGGCCAGGCUUGGAGGAGCUGGUUGGAGGCGUCGAGGCGACACCGGGGAUGAAGAGGGGCUCUGCGGAAACGACGCCGACGACAAAACCGGAGAGCGUGUUGAAGAGGAUGGCGGAGGCUUGUCGGCACGCGGGAGUUGUCUUUGUGAGAAGGGAGUGUCCGCCGCCUCCCAGCGCAGCGCUUGCCUUUACCCCAGUUGCUUCAACCAACUCCGAACGACCCGCGAUGUUUGAAGGGCGGCCAGGCUUGGAGGAGCUGGUUGGAGGCGUCGAGGCGACACCGGGGAUGAAGAGGGGCUCUGCGGAAACGACGCCGACGACAAAACCGGAGAGCGUGUUGAAGAGGAUGGCGGAGGCUUGUCGGCACGCGGGAGUUGUCUUUGACCCAUCCUUGGAGGAUGAGAUCAAGCACGUUCUCGCCUGUGGGGCCUCUUCCUCCUCCCUCGUGCCACCACCAUUAGCGUCCUCGCCUCACACGGCGCUCGCGGAGCCGCCAUCCCCGCCGUUCCCAUCAAUACCGCCUUCUCUUUCCACCGAGGCGAUUGCGGCGCCGGCGCUGGCGCCGGCGCCGGCACCGGCACCGCCGAAGACGUUGGGAGCGCGCGCGGACAACCCGUGGGGCUGGGCGGCCCGGUUUGAUGACCAUAAUCAUGAUGAUCAUGAUGACGGUGCGACCGCCGGGGGGGGGACAGAAGGGGGGGUCCCUUCAGCGGUAAGCGACGGGGCCCCGGGGGGGGCGACGCCCCCCUCGCGCGACCGUUCCUGGACCGUUCCGUCCCCGUACCGGCACCUGGAUGACAAGCCCUUGUCCGCGGGGUGUAUCCCGGACUUCCGCUUGGACGGCGGGAUCGGCGGCGGUAGCAGAAGGGACGGUGAGCUCGGGUCGGGCAGCGUUGCGGCGGCGGCGGACGGCGAGACGUGGAGGGCGUGCUCUUGUAGCUCCGAUGAUGACGACGCCUCGAGAGCGCCGGGUGAUGCUGCCGCACGCACGGCGGGGAAGCGCUCUCGCGCUUGUGCGGAAGCAGAAGCCCACGCAGCGGAGCCGCCGCCGCCGCCGCCUGCCGUGGCCGCGGAAUCGGCGGCGGCCUUUCUCUCGUCGCUGCAAGAUCGUGCGGGCGAUGGGGGGCACGAAGGCCUCCAAGAUGACGGGCACCACGGUGGUGCCUACACGCUCGUCCCCAAGGAGACCGGGGCUUGGUCGUCCCAGGGGGAGAGAGAGGGCCCUCCGAGUGACGCCCUGAGGGGAGGAUCGACGGGCGAUAUUGAAGCCGGAACUCGCGGUUGGGAAGCGGUCCCCGGGGAGGAGAGGGAGACCGGAGGUCGGCCUUCUCUGCCGUCGCCAGUGAGACAGAGCCAGGAGCAGCAGCGCAACGUGAGGGAGGAGAUGGAGCUCGCCGCCGCGAUAGCGAAGGUCAGGCUCGAGGGCGGCGGGGGUGGUGGGGCGGGGGGGCAAGCGGAGGAGGAAGAAGGAAGGAGGGUGGCUUCGUUCUUGGGCAUGGGGAGGUUCGAGGUCGGGGUCGGCGGCGGACACGCGGAGGACGAGUGGGUGGACGACCUUGACCCGGGUUACAUGGUCAUGGCCGUGUCUGAGCAAGAGUUACACCACGGGCAGCCUCUCCCGAGAGCGAUGGAGGUUGCUAUCCACGCCGCUGAUAACGGCCCCGGCGGUGGCGUCGACGCCCCGACGAAGGAGCUUCUCGAAGCGGACGAAGAAGAAGACACCGCCGCCGCUGUAUCCGGCGGGUGCGCCCCUAGCCACGAAAGCAGCGACUACGGCGGCAGCAGGGGCGGCGGCGGCGGGGUCGAAGCGGGCGUUGGGUUAGGCGAGAGUAGAAGAAGGUCUUGGGCCGGCCGAAGCAGCAUGGACGACGAAUUUGGUUGGGAGGAGGAAGAGGACCGACCGCGUCCAAGGAGAGCUAGCUCAGACGAGGGCCGGCCGAGCAGGGACAGAUUGCUUGCGGUUGGCAGCAGCUUCCCUGGCCAGGGGGAGGGAGACUCGUGCCAGGGGAGAGCAGCGUCAGACAGCAGUAGCGCUGGUCGGCUCUGGGACGAGGAGCGGCGUACCGGACAGCGGCGGCGGGACGAGGUUACCGAUGGGGUGGGGGGAAGCAGAGCAAGCGAACGAGCCGGAGAUGGUGAUGACGGUUACGGGGAGGGGGAUCUCUACGAACGGGACCUCGAGGAUGCUGCGGCCCUGCUAGAGAACGGCGGGUUCGCGCUCAACGGGAACCAGCCGGAGGCGUGGAGAAGCGAGUCAUUCAGCAGCAGCACCGGUGGCGACGGGGUCGGGGGCGGCGGCGGCGGGGGCGGCUGCGGCGGCGGCGGCGGCGAGGAGGGAGAGAAGUACGACGCGGUGGCCUGUCAAGAGGAACAAGGUGAGAGAGGUGGUGAACCCGCCGCCCCCGCCGCCGCCGUUGGACGAGGCGAUGAUGCUGGUAGGCCGCUGGACAUCGCUCACGGGACGAGGACAACGAAGGCGGGAGUGGAGGCGGCGGCGUCGACGGUGGCCGACAGCGGUGGCGGCGACGACGGCGACUGGGGUAACGUGCGCAGCAGCAGCAGCAACCGCAGCCGUCGAGAAUUUUUCGACGGUGGGUACGACGACGACGGCCGAGGAGGAGGAGGAGAAUCUGCGGGGUGCGGGGACGCGACCGAGGGCGGCGGCGGCGAGAGUGUGGAGAGCCGCCCCCCCUCGCGGCGGAAGGACAGCUUCGUCUUCAGCGAAACCUCCGCCGGUAGCGCGGGGGCGGGCGAGAGGGGGGCGGAGGCGGCAGAAGGUGGCGCUCCGGCGAGCUUCGACCCCUUGUCCCCGGUGUGGCCGAGGAUGGCGGCCGACUUCGCCUUCAGCCAGGAAGACUGCGGCGAGAGCUCCGCCUUCUUGAGCCGGGAGCGGGAGGCUUUGGCCUCCUCGGACGAGGCGGAGGUCUCUCGAGAGAACAGCGCCAAGACCACGCCUCUUGACGGGGUGCGUUGGCUCGGGCACGCCAGCGGGAGAGAGGAACGGACGGGGGAGGAAAACGGACCGCAGCUGGGGAUUGCUCGAGAAAACAGCGCGAAGACUACGCCGCUCGAUGAGGCGUUCCAGGAGGCCGACCAUACGCCCAGCGCUCGACAUGAUCUUGACCACCAUGUGCAGCAGCAGCAGCAGCAGCAGCUACACAGACACGACCGUUCGGCGGCAGCGGGAGCGACUGGGCCAGGCUCUGGCGACAGCGGCGGCGACGACGAUAACGACGACGACGGUGAGGAUGGCAUGGGUGACGGCUCCUUGUCGGCGUUCGACCCUCAGCAGCAGCAGCAGCAGCGCGAGGUUAUUCUCCAUCUACGGGCCGACGGGGGUACAAUCGGACCAGUGGCGCCGGAGCGAGGAGGCGAUGGCGAAGACCCUACAACCACCUCCGCGAUUGCCACAGCGACCGCAGGCGGCACCACCCCUGCCGCUGAAGGCGGGAGGUUGAUGGGGAUGUUGGGGAAUGGGGCCGAUGUGGAGUGGGGAGGGGGGAGUCUUGUCGCCGAAGGGCUGCGAGACGAAGAGGCGUCGGAGGAGCGAGACGCCAGGGUUUCGAGAAGAAGCCGGUCGGGAUCAUCGCGAACGGCGGCGGUGGAAGAGAUGGAGGCAGGCCGGGCGGGUUUCGAUGCGGAAGCAGUGGCGGCGGUCAGGGGAGCUGCCCGCCAGGCGGCCGGGACGUUCGGGGACGAGGGAGUGGAGGCUCAGGAGGAGACGGAGGAGGAGCUGGAGAGCUUCGACCUGAGGAUCGUGUACGCGAAGGGGAGGACCGGGUUUCAGGAGAGCAAGGCGUUCGACUGGCCGGAGGGGUGUGUGGUCGCCGGCCGCUACGAGGUGUGCGGGUACAUCGGGAAGGCGGCCUUCAGCACGGCGCUGGAGUGCCGCGACUUGCGACGAGAGCGGGGCCGUGACGCGGUGUGCCUGAAGGUGAUCAAGAACAACAAGGACUUCUUCGACCAGAGCCUCGACGAGAUCAAGCUCCUGCAACGGAUAAAGGCCGGAGGUGAUCCGGAUGAGCACCACGUGCUUCACAUGCUCGACUUCUUCUACUAUGAGGAGCACCUUGUGAUCGUCACCGAGCUGCUGGGGGACAACCUAUACGAGUUUUCCAAGGCGGUGAAGGAGGCCGGACACCCGGAGUACUUCACGCUCCCUCGUCUCUGCAAGAUCACCAGGCAGUGCCUAGAGGCGCUGUCGUAUAUCAACUCGCUGGGGCUUGUCCACUGCGACGUGAAGCCGGAGAACAUCCUGCUCUCACACUACGGGAGGGCGGAGGUCAAGCUCAUCGACUUCGGGUCUUCCUGCUUCGUCACCGACCAACUCACGACCUACACUCAAAGUCGGUCCUACCGAGCUCCCGAGGUGAUCGUCGGCCUCCCCUACGGUGUCAAGGUUGACGUGUGGUCUCUCGGGGCAGUGGUGGCGGAGCUGGUGACGGGACAGGUGCUCCUCCAAAGCGAGUCUAUCCAGACUAUGCUUGCGCGCAUCCAGGGUAUCAUCGGGCCCUUUCCUCGCUGGAUGUUGGUUGAAGGGGAAGAGGCGACCAAGUACUUCACCCCAGAGGGCUACGUGUACCAGAGGAUGGACGAUGGUUCAUAUCGAGGUUCCUCGUCCGAGACGGAGUCUCCUCGGUUCGACGGCUCGCUUCCCCCCUCCUCGCGCCACCGCCGCCGCGAGGACGGGGACGGAGAGGAAGACGCCUGCUCCUCCGCGAGCCCUCGGUACGCCAUCAUCUACCCCAAGAGGACAUCCCUAAGCCGGCGUCUUCGCGUGGAAGACGACGCGUUCUUGGAUUUCGUCACGACGCUCCUGCUCGUCGACCCUACCCGCAGGCCGACCGCGACGGAAGCUCUGUGCCACCCUUGGAUCCUGUCUGGCCUAUCCUACUCUGACGACGACCUGUGGUAUCCCCCAGACGAAGAUCAAGAACAAGACCGCGUCCACAGUGAGCAUGCCACCGGGGCUCGCGACGGCGAGGACGACCGGGACGACGAAGGGGUUGGCGGCGGCGGCGGUGGCGGCGAUGGGAUGGGUUUCCAAUCGGACGACCAUGGUGACAUCGGCGUGUUUAUGGACGGGGAUGGGGAGUACAUGCCAUCGGUCCGACGACAGUCGUUUUGAAGCAGCCCCCCCCGUUUUUUACUUUCUCCGGAAACGGAAAUGUCCUGUGGCAAACGGCACUAUGCCUUCGGCGUAUGAAGAAGACGGGGAGAUCGACUCCCUGCACGGUAAUAGUUGGCCGUGCGGCUGGCGGUUGGAUGGUUGGGUGGUAGCGGCAAAACCGGGUAGAUGCCGUUGCCUACGCGGGGGACGGGUCGCUAGGGCGGCUGUACUUCCUUGUGUUGAGUCUGCGCAAGAGCUUUUUUCGUUGGUUGGGAUGUUCAGAUUUGUGGUUUGGUGUGGUGGCGCUUUGCUGCGUAUUUAUUCGUAACAGUCGGUGUUGUCUGGAGCUUUGUUUGCUUGCUUCACACGGGUGUGUUUGGGUUUGAAUUUUGUCGUUCCAAGCGGGAAAAUGUUUUGGAAAUUUGCGGAGUGGAGCGUUUUGGUGCUGGUUUUGUUGGGGGGUGUGGUGCUGUUUGUGUAUGUGAUUUUUCCCAUUCGCCGGCGAUAUCGUCCUCAAUUCGUCAAAAAGAGCUUGAGCACCCUUCGUGAUGGGUGAAAAAUUAUUUGUUGCUUCUGUUCGUCAUGUAUCCUGAUAGUAUGUGUGCGCGAAGUGGAACACUAUUAUUGGCUUGUUGUGCCGCUGUCGCUGCUGGGGGUGCAAGGCCCGACGUGUGACUUGAUUGUGCGGGGAAAAGCGCAGGUGCCUCGAGACACUUAGCUGCUCCUUCCAUGCACCCCUGCGGUGGACACUGUCGAAUCAGCACUUUGGGUGCGGUAAAUAUUAACUGUAGUCGUUGGGUGCAGCGAGCUGUUCCGUUUCUAGGGCGCUCUUUUUGCCCUGUUGUUUGCUUUGUUGGAAGUUGGAAUGAAUGUCCGGAUUGAGAGGCCAACCGUCGAACCAGAGGCUGAAGCUGGCGAUGGCGUCGUGGAUCGUUGGCUGUUGAGUUGCUGUGCGGGGAGAGGGGGGGUAUGCGUUGACCGGCCGAGUUUGCUCAACAGUCGUCGGAGGCGCUUUCGUGUGUGUGGUAUCACAACAAAACCUUCCUGUGUGUGCUGUAUCCGGCUGUGCCCGGAAGUAUUCGGGCGUUGUUCGUAUAGCGUGUUUCUCUCCGAUGAUUGAUGUAUCUAAGGUGUGUGUGCAUCGUAUCGCGUUCGCAAUACUGAAUCAAUCCCCCGUUGUAACCUGUGAUGCAAACACUUUUGUAGUGUGGUUUGAUAGUGUGGUUUGAUACUCAAAUCGUUUUGAUUUUUUUUCAUGUCUUGGUGUGUCAUGUGUCAUUUUGCGAGUUUCGCGGUCAGGAUAAUACUUCAAAGUAGGAAGUAGAGACCACAGCAGAAGUUGCGUGCGAAGGCCAAGCCACCAGGAGACGUGUGAAACUAUAUGACGUUUCACGUGGUUGAUACAACGAAUCAACCGUUAUUGAUCGUGCCGUUUUUGAUUCGAGUAUUGUGGGAAGAC